AACAUCAACAUGGACACGCACAUUAUUUACUCCCUGUCGAGUAUGAGUGUACUAGGGUUAAAACCACAUGUCAUGACACAACCAAGUUCUAUAUAAAGGGAAGCUUUUGGAAUGGAUGUCACUGUUACCAAAAGUCAAGAUCUGGAUAUCGUCGUUUGAGAAUUCCGUUAUACACAACGAGUUCGUCCGCUGAAUAUAUCUCUAUGGAUUACAAGAUGAACAUGUCCGCCGUACGGUUAAUAGCUGUGAUUUUGGCACUUGCUUGUCACCUCUGUGAUGCAAAAUCUCUAUAUCUCUACAAAAGGGGAGAUAUGUCUAUGUAUAACAACGAAGCUAUGGGAAUCUGCACGUGGUGCGGCGAGGCUUACGGCCUAGGAUCAGAAUGCUUGCAGAGUUUCAAAACAUACCGACGGUGCUUUACAGCUGCCACCGAGAGGAGGAAGCGCAGCUCAGGCGUAGAGCCACCCUCUGACGACGACAUCUCCUUGCCUGUAAGAUACAUACAGGAGGUUCUAUCACGGUCAGCGUUAGACAAUACGAAUACAAUCUGGUGACCUUGCUAGUAGAUGCACAAGUUGAAACAACGUCGCCGUGCCUUGGACCACACUAAACAGUAUUCAACACACUUCUCUAAGUAUUUCCGAAUUGCUCAGCAUCACUCUGCUGGUAACUCUAAUGAUAAACAUUAAUUUAUUGUCUUGUCGCUAUUUAUUUAUAAAUAUUUAUUCAUUUACUCAAUCAACAUUACGCAGAUAAUGUGGAAUCCCCUGUAUGGGCACUUACGAUUAUUAGCGUUGACCAUGCCAUGGAUUUUAGUUAUAUUAACUCGUAGACCUACGUUUCAGCAACGCAUCACAUAACACGUCCUGUUGAGAUAAAAUAACAUAUGGCUUCUCUAUAAUAGUCGUUUCAUAACUAAAAUAGAUCGGUAUGGAAACUACAUAAACAGAAAGAACCUGAUCUCCGAUUGAAAGAACAAUGACUUACCACUGAAGAAAGACGCUGAAAACACGAAAUACUUCGGACUUCUUAUUACAAAUGUCAAGUGGCGGUCGUUCCAAUAUGAAGAGGGCAAUGCUUAUCAGAUAACAUGUAUUAUUUCUCAAAUAACCAAACCGUUGCAACACUGGGACUUACCACUUUUGUCACGAAGGUUUUCUGAUGCUAAUUAUUCUUUCUCCAGUUAUUUUGUAUGUCUCUAGUUGAUGGCGAGUAAAUAAACUCAGGUUGUCUCCAGACAGCAGCUUUUUCUCUUGGUAGAUAGUAAAUCACAUUCAUAGAUUAAUUGUGUGGUCUUAAAGAAGGGCUACUAUAAUAAUUUAUAGCCAUCUGUUUGAAAGAGAUUUAAAACGUUUUAAAUUUCUGUAACGCAAUGGUUCCAAGAAACC